UCAAAUAAAUUAUCUCUUUUAAUUUGCUAAAUGGUAUUUGAUUUAAUUAUCAUUUUUACUUUAGUAAUAACUCAAAUGAUGGCAUAUAAAUAAUCUCAAUACUAAGUUAAUAAUAGCGUAAUAGAAUUUUUAAGGUUAGACUUAGAUAAAAGAUAUGAUAUAUACCUUAGAUAAUUAAAAGAAAGUUGUAAUAGUGAUGAAUAUUUUGAUGGUAAAGUUUGUUAAAAAUGUCAUCCUACAUGCUUAAGUUGCAAUGGACCAAACUUUAAUUAGUGUCUGGAUUGCGAUAUUUCAAAAUUUAGGAAAAUUUCUGGAUCUUAAUAAUGUAAUUGUAUUGAGGGAUAUUAUGAUAAUAUGAAUAAUUGCACCAAAUGUGAUUAAUCUUGUCUAAGUUGCAGCGGAAGUAGUGAUAAAGAAUGUUUGACUUGCGAUUUGAGUAAAUUUAGAUACUUAAAAGAUGGCUAAUGUGUGUGCUAAGAUACGUAUUAUGACAAAGGAGAUAAAAAUAUUUGCGAAAAGUGCUAAAAUCCAUGCAAAAAUUGUAUUUUAUAAGGAUUAAAUAUUUUGUGCUUAAGCUGCUUAGAUAAUUUGAAAAUUUUGCAAUUAGGAAAAUGCAUUUGCUAAGAUAGAUUCUACGAAGAUAAUUAAAAAAAUUGUUAGAAAUGUAUUAAUAAUUGCUUAAUUUGUUAAGAUAGUACUACUUGUAACAAAUGUGAUUAAAAUAGACAAUUUUAAAAUAAUAAGUGUUAGUGCUUAACUGGAUUUUAUGAUGAUGGAUCAAAUUGUUAAAAAUGCGAUUCUACAUGUUAAGAAUGUUCAGGACCUUCAUCUUUGGAAUGUACUUAGUGUGAUUCUUCUAAAUUCAGAACUUUAAAAAAUAAUUAAUGCGUAUGCAAAGAAGGAUAUUUUUAUAUCAACUCAUAUGAUGUUUCUUGUUUGUAAUGCUAUAAUAAAUGUGAAACUUGUAAAAGUGGAUAAAAAGAAAAUAAUAUUUGCUUAACUUGCAGACCAACAGACAAUAGAAUACUUUAAAAUAACUCAUGUUAAUGUAAAUAAGGUUAUUUUGAAUCUUUAUCAUCAUCCAGCACUAUAUGUGACUAAUGUUAGCCAAGAUGUUUAACAUGUUCAAAUAAAACAACUUGUGAUAGCUGUGAUCAAAGCUUAUAACUCAUACUAAACUCAUCAAAUCAGUGCGUAUGUAAAGAUGGAUACUAUGAAGAUAAUGGUUUAUGUAAGUUAUGUCAUUACUCUUGUGAGAAAUGUAAUGGACCUGGAUCAAACAACUGUACUUCUUGUAUUUAAUCUAAAAAUAGGAUAUUCAAAUAAAAUUAAUGCAUUUGCUUGGAUUCUUAUUAUGAUGAUGGUUCAAAUUAGUAAUGUUAAAAAUGCCAUUAUUCUUGCUACACUUGUAAUAAUAAUCAACCUGAUUCUUGCAAAAAUUGUGGAAACUCUUUAAAAAAUUAUAGGAUAUAAUAACAAUAAAUUAAUUUACCAUCUUAAUCUUAAUUUAAAUGUAUUUGUUAGGAUUAAUACUAUGAUGAUGGUAGUAAUAACAUUUGUGAUAAAUGUCAUUAUUCCUGCAAAACUUGUUCAUAAUAAAACAUUUGCACAAAUUGUGAUCAGUCUUCUUUUAGGUAAUUGUAAUAGUUAGAAGCUAAUAAAAUUUACUGCUUGUGCUAAAUUGGAUAUUUUGAAGAUUCAAAUAAAAUUUGUUAAUAAUGCUCUUAAAACUGUAAGUCUUGUGAAAAAUAAAAAGAUUAAUGCACAGAUUGCAGAUAAGAUAUGAACAGAGUUUUAAAUAAUAAAACAAAGAAAUGCGAUUGCAAGGAUGGAAUGUAUGAAGAUAAAUCUGGAAUAUGUUAAAUCUGUCAUUUUUCUUGUGAUACUUGUGAAGGAGGUGGGUCAGUUAAUGACUGUAAAACUUGUAACUACUAAAAUAACAGAGUACCGUAAUAAAAGGAUUCAAAAAUUACUUGUUAAUGCAUGUAAACAUUUUAUGAUUCUAACAAGGCUAUUUGUGAUAAAUGCCAUUAUUCAUGCUUAACCUGUUCUAAAAAUAGUAAUGAAAAUUCUUGUGAUUCUUGUGAUUCCUCUUUAUUUAGGGUACUAAAUAGUGGAAAAUGCAUUUGUAAAUCUGGUUAUGUAGAAGUGAAUCAAACAUGUGUUCCUUGUCACAAAUCUUGUCAAGAAUGUAUUGGAAUAACAAACAAAGAUUGCACUAAAUGUAACAUGGAUGAUUAAAGAGUGUAAUCAGUAAAAGAUUAAACCUCAUUUUAAUGCUUUUGUAAGUCCUCUUACUAUGAAGAUUCUAACUUGAUUUGUUAAAAAUGCCAUUUUUCAUGUUAAGAAUGUAUCGGUCCUAAAGCUGAAGACUGUACUUAGUGUUCAAGAUAAAAUUUUAGAAUUCCUAGUGAACUUUCAUUAAAAAAUUUUUUUUGUGUUUGUUAAGAAAAAUUUUAUAGUGAUAAUAUUAAUUCCCUUUGUUUAUCAUGCCAUUAUUCAUGUAAAAACUGUGAGGGCGGUAAUAAUAAAUAAAACUGUACUGAAUGCAAUUAAUCUUUUGGAAGAAUUAAGCUUUUACAGCAAGGCUAAAAUUAAGGUCAAUGCAUUUGUAAAGAAGCGUUUUUCGAUAAUGGUAGUAAUGAAUUAUGUACUGCUUGCGAUAUUACAUGUAAAAACUGCUUUAAUAGCUCCAAUUAAGGCUGCAAUUAAUGCUAUGAUGAUAGAAAUUUUAUGUUAACUUAAUAGAAACAGUGUAUUUGCAAACCAUAACACUUUUAUAAUUAAAUAUAAAAUGCAUGCUUAAAAUGCCAUGAAUUUUGCUAAAGCUGUAAGGGGUUGGGUAAAGAAGAUUGCUUGUCUUGCUUUCCAUAUUAGAAUAGAGAAUUAAUUGGUACAUAGUGCCUGUGUAAAUAAUCAUUUUUUUAAAUAAAUCAAAACAGUAUUUGCCAAGCUUGCCAUUACUCCUGCUUAAAUUGUAAUGGAUAUUCACGUAUUUAGUGCACAGAUUGUAGCAGUGAUUCAUUAAGAAUAUUUAAUAGAAUGUAUUCCACUUGUGAUUGCUAGCAAGGUUACUUUGAAAUAAAAAAUACUUAAAAAUGUUAGAAAUGUGAUUAAAAUUGUAAAACUUGUGAAAUGAAAAGUGAUAAAUGUAUAUAAUGCAAUAAUAACAUGGUACUGAAUAAGGAAUCAUACAAAUGUGAGUGCUAAUCUGGGUACUAUUUAGAUAUUAAAGAGAAUUCUUGUUAUCCUUGCUCAUACGCUUGUAAAUAAUGCUUAGGACCUUAAAAUGGAUAGUGUCUUACUUGUAAAGAUAAUUAUUUAGGCUUAUUAUCAGGUAUAUUUAACAACUUAUAGACAUAUUAAUGUAUUUGUGAUCCUAAUUGCCCAUAAAAUAUGUAAUUAACACCAAUUUAAACAAUAAAUAAUAUACAAUAUUAAAUUUGUGUAUGUAUGGAAGGUUUUUAUGAAGAUAUUAUUCUUUUAAAAUGCUUAAAAUGCCAUUUUACUUGCUAGACAUGUGUAGGACCAUCUGCAUAAGAUUGUUUGAGCUGUAAAGAUGAGGACUUAAAUUUUAGGCAAGCUAAACCUGUUCUUGAUUAAAAUUUAGUUGAAUGUUCUUGCAAAAAAGGUUAUUUUGAAAUAUAAAAUUAGUUAAAGUGUUAAAAAUGCCAUUCAAGCUGUGAAACUUGUUAAGGUUAAUUUAAUUAUUGCAUAUCUUGCCCUGAGAAUUCAUUUAUUUCUUAAAACGGAGUUUGCAUUUGUAAAUAAAAUUUUAUUUUUAUGAGCACUUUGGGUAUUUGCCAGUAAUGCCACCAUAGUUGUAAUUAAUGUGAUGGAUUAUAAUUAGAUGAUUGCUUAUCAUGCUCAUCUCUUACUACGAGAGUAUUUGUACCUAAAAACGCUAAUAUGAAAAAUAGUUUAGGAACUUGUAAGUGCUAGUAAGGAUAUUAUGAUAUUGGUGAUUCAGAAUGUCAAAAAUGUCAUUAUAGUUGUGAGACUUGUAUUGGUUAAGCUAAUUUUUGUAUGACUUGUCCUCCUUAGAAAUUAAGCCAUCGAUUUUAUUCAUCUAACGGUAAGUGUGAUUGUUUGCCAAAGUAUUUUGAGGAUGUAAACAAUAAUUGUGUGCCUUGUCCUUAUGAUUGCUAUACUUGCAAUCUUGAAAAAAAAUGCUUAACUUGCGAAGAAAGUUAAAGAUAGCUAGAUACCAAAACAAAUAGGUGCACUUGUUAUAAAGGAACAUUUGAAGUUUAAGACAGAAGUUGCUAACCUUGCGAUUUAAACUGUGAAAGCUGUAAAGACAAUCCUAAAGUUUGUUCAACUUGUCAUCCAAAUUCCUACUUAAACUACUUCAGUAAAUGUGUAUGUAACGAAGGCUUUUAUGAAGACCCUGAAUUUUAUAAAUAAUAUUCUAUGAUACCUAGAAAAUAAAUUUCUAUUCUGAAUAAAACUGAUUUAUGCAAAAAAUGUUUUACUACUUGCAAAAGUUGUGAUAAUAAACUUACCUGUUUGUCUUGUGAUGUAAUGAAAUUUACAGUACUUAACCCUAAAACUAAAAUAUGUGAGUGUUUUUAUGGUAGAUAGCUAAUUUUAAAAGAAGAUGGGAGCUUUACAUGUGAAUUGUUAAAUACUUAUAUAACUUAAAGCAAAGAAUAAUAAAUUAGCACUAUCCACGAAUUAAUAAGCAAAAUAAUGAAUUAUAUUUAUAUUAUUUUUGGAUUUCUUUCUUUUAUGAGUAUUUUCACAGGAAAUUUAACCUUACCUAAUAUUAUGCUUUAAAGAGUUUUUGAUAUUGAACUAUUAUUAUACUUAAAUGUAAUGCCUAUAGAUAAUGUUAAGCAAUUCUUAUCUACAACAAAUAAAUCAAUCUACAUGUACAUAGGCUAUAUCAAUCCCUUUUAAAAUAUUUUAUCAAGUGAAGAUGAUUAUUAUAUAAGUAAUAACUUAAAAGAGUACAAAAUUUCUACAAAUAUUUACAAAUAAGGAGGUGGUGCAAUCAUUUUUGUUUUAUCAUUAUACCUCAUCCAUAUUAUUUUAAGAAAAACCGUUUUCCAUAAUAGAUAUACUCUUAUUGAUUAAUAUUAUAAAGCUAUUCAUUCAAGAAUUUUAUUAGCUAGGCUUUAUAAUCUCUACUAUAUAAAUGUAUUUUAUUCUCUUGAAGGGAUUUUAUCCUAUUUAUUACUAUUCUAUUCAUUCCUCGGAGCUACAGAUAGCCGACUUUUUUUUAAAGUACCAUCAAUAUUUAUUAUUUGCUUUUUUACUAUUAAUUAUGCUUACAAAAUAAAAUUUUGCUAAAAUCUUUUGUAAGAUCCAUAUGAAGUAAUUUUUAACAGCAAGAAAUUAAAAAUAUUUUCAUUUUAAGUAUACUUUGCGAGGUAAUUAACAAGUUUGAUACUUUUUUAUUUAUAUUUUUCUUAAUAAGACUAAUGGUAAAUAGUAUGGAUAUUGGUUUAUAAGAUACUAAUUUGCAUACCAAUAUUAGCAAUCAAAUACAAAAAUAAAAGUAUCUUGAAGAUAAAUAUUUUUGUUUAAGAAUUAAUAUAUGCAUCUAUAUUAAUAUUUUAUCUACUGCUAAGUGUAUAAACAAAAAGAAAUAUAUUAAAUGAAAACGAUAGACAAUAGAUGUUAAAACUGUGCUUAGUUUUCAAGAUUAUGAUAGUUUCUUUAGUUUUAUUAAGCACAAUUUUUCUAUUUGUAUAUGUUAUUUACUAACUAGUUAGACUGUUUAUAUAAAAAUAUGAUUAUAAAUCUAAUAUUUUUAUCAUUCAACAAAAAUUAUACAGUUAGAACAUCGUGUUAUCUGAUAGAUAAUUUAGAUAAAACUAAGAAAAUUAUAUUUUUAAAAUUUAAAUUUAACCUAAAAAUGAAAAUAGUAAGAGUGAAUUAUCCGCAAAUUUAUAAAAUAAAUUAGAAAUAACUAGCUAUUGA